ACGUCUCUUUUUGGCAACAUUCACUCUACUAAUGGAAAUUCGAAUCCAUGCUCUGUUUAAUUGUUGGAAGAUGAGAAUUAUGAAACAGGGCUCUGGGAUUAUUCUUUAGUUUUAGUUCUUCUUGUUUAUUCGUUUUGCUGCUUUUAGUGCUGGAUUUAAGAUAUGUUUGGGUCCGGCGUAAACACUCAUGACCUCCGCGUGCUUUUACCUGUGAGUCUCCUUCAUGAUUAACAUCAUUGCGGUCGUCAUGCCCACUAUAAACAAGCUUUGGACCUAUAGAAUUCUUGAUAUACACAAUGGAUAUCCAUCCAAAUAAUGUAUGAUAUAGAAUAUGGUUAUAUACACACAACUUUAGUGUGUAUGUAGAUGUCAAUGUGUAACUACAAUUCUUCAGUAUGUUGGUGGCAGGCUUUUUAAUAUUGUCUCCCUUUGCUUGGUCUCGUAAUGGCCCUCCCCUGCUUCAAUGUGGGACUUUAGUAUAAGAAGGAAUGAUUAUGGUUUUGGCCGCUCAAAUUCAAAUGAGAGCGUGCUUAGUCAAAAUCCCCAUUUCUAGGAGGCACCCAAUAAACUUCUUUGGAUUUUAAACCUUUGUGUCUGCAUACCCAUUAGAUAUUAUCUACUUUGUGUGUUUGCAUUUAGGCUUUUGUGUCUCCAACAUUUGCAUUUGGGUGUGAAUACCCAUUAGGUCAUAUUUGUACUUGAGCCAUUUUGAACAGCGGUUCUGUAAUUUGACAUUGGGGACUACCCAGGGGAAAAUUGAGUUUCAUUGUUUGACAGCUCGUGAUCUAGAUCUCGGUGGAUUUUGACAAGUGUUUUCGGUGAGGAGGGGCUUCAUAGUGUGUAUUACGAAAAGGUGAGUUGUUACAGAGUUGUCGUUUUCUUUACCUUUCAGCUUUAUCCUAGAGACUUCCUUUUUCCCUUCUGCCUCCACACCCUUAUUAGAUGCAGCUUUCUUCUUUCACAAGUUUCAGUGUCAUCUGGGUCGCUUUUUUCUGACUUUGUGUGUAUGCAUGUGAGGGCAAAGUUAGAGUGGGAUUAAUAAUGGAUCAAGCCUGUCAUGGUUUGUAGUCAUUUAUGGUUUGUAGUCAUUUAAGGGAUCAAGCCUGAUGUAGCUACCAGUCAUUUGUAGAAUCAAUAUAGAAGCAAAUAAGGAUGAAUUCUUGUUGAGGUAAUGAGGCUCAGGGAUCAUAUGUUAAGCCAAGCUACAUGGUAGCUGGAGGCAAAUAAUCUUGAUGAUCUGGGAAUUGCACCUAAUCAUGGGAGGAAUCAAGCUAUUCACAAUGCUCAAGAGAUUGCUUUGAGAAUCAUCCUAGACCUGUCGAAGGUAAAAUUCUUAUCGUCUCCCUCUUGCUUACCCAGUGCGGCAUUUUGGCCUACCCAGUUGGGCAUCAGCUCUAAGAAGAUGUCAUUGGAUGAGACAGAUGGAGAAUGUUGUAGCAACAUCAGUAGUAGCAGUAGGAAGUUUUUAUCGGUAAGUGCUCUUGGGGUAAUGGGUUUGGAUGAUCAUGAUCAGAAACAGCAGUUGUUUGGGUUAGUUCCAUUUGGAAAAGCAACCCACAAGACGAAGAGUGUUGCAAACAUGCUGAGGUCUCUUUUCAGGGUCAUACCUCUACCAAUUCCCUGCAAAUGGAUGGGAAUGCCUGCAGGUCCUUCCGACAAUCCAUCACUAGGAAGCAGAGUCACAGGCACACUGUUUGGUUACAGAAAAGGUCAUGUGCACUUUGUCGUGCAGGAUGAUCCCAGGUCUAGGCCUGUUCUGCUUCUAGAACUUGCAACGCCUACCAACUCCCUUGUGAAGGAGAUGGCAUCUGGAUUGGUCAGAAUUGCUCUGGAAUGUGAGAGGACUGCAAAUAGAGGGAAAUUGUUUCAGGAGUCCGUCUGGACAAUGUAUUGCAAUGGAAGGAAAACAGGGUAUGCUAUCAGGAGAAACUGCUCCGAGACAGAUAGCCAGAUUCUGAGCAUGGUUCAGGCUGUUUCAAUGGGCGCUGGAGUACUUCCAAUUGAAGAGGGUUCUGACGGGGAACUAAUGUAUAUGAGAGCUAAAUUUGAAAGGGUUGUUGGAUCGAGGGACUCCGAGGCUUUUUACAUGAUGAAUCCUGAUGGCACAGGGGGGCCUGAGCUGAGCAUUUUCUUGCUGAGGAUUUGAUUUGGCUUUGUGUGUUAUUAGGUUAUAUGGAUGUCUCUGUUUUCUGAUUGAGAUCAGAUGCUGGAAAUUCAAGGAGGUGGGCAGCUUUUAUUGGGAAUUAAUCAGGUCUAGUAUCAUAAAUGUUUGGUUGCUUUUGCUGCUGAUUAUUGCAUUCUAAUUGGGAAAAUGGAAAACUCCCCAUUUUUUUCAGAUUUCAAGCACAUCAAUUUGUGGCAAAGGCAAGACAAGCCUUUGGGUUUGGGUAUUUCAAUACAAGCCUUUGGGUUAGGCAAGACGAGCCUUUGGGGUUCUAUUGCAUUAGGGUGGCUUGUCCUUUGGGGGAUCAUACUCAUGGCCUCUGAAAUGGUUUGUAUGAAAUAAUUUAGAUCCAAUGUCUGACAACAUCCGAAAGAAUUUGGACCGGAGGCAAGUGAUGCAAUCUGGUUACUCAAAUAAACUGUUGUAACUACUGGCUAAAUCAUCUGAUCUCUUUCAUUAUCACAAUAUUUCAUUGAUGAGACAUUGUACAUUUAAUACUUAUAUUACGGGGACCUGAUUGAAGGAUCCUGGAGAGGGACUGUAAAACUACUAGACUUUAUUUAUUUUUCUUUCAGAAAAAUCAAGUUAUGAAUUGUCACUUUA